CGCCGGCGUGGGGAGAUCCCGAGCUCUCAGGAUUCGCGUUCGCGCCAUCGCGCCCUCGCCUCCUUCGCGCCGGAGCUGGGUCGCAAGUUCUCGAGUCCCCCCGGUCCCGGCAGCCAGCUUCUGGUCGCAGUGCGACUCUCAGGGCCAAAAUGAGUCUGUUUGGAACAACCUCGGGUUUUGGAACUAGUGGGACCAGCAUGUUCGGCAGUACAACCACAGAUAACCACAACCCUAUGAAGGAUAUUGAAGUAACAUCCUCUCCUGAUGAUAGCAUUGGUUGUCUAUCUUUUAGCCCGCCCACCUUGCCUGGGAACUUUCUUAUUGCAGGAUCCUGGGCCAACGAUGUUCGCUGCUGGGAAGUUCAAGACAGUGGACAAACUAUUCCUAAAGCCCAGCAGAUGCACACUGGGCCUGUGCUCGAUGUCUGCUGGAGUGAUGAUGGGAGCAAAGUUUUUACAGCUUCGUGUGAUAAAACUGCCAAAAUGUGGGACCUUAAUAGCAAUCAGGCGAUACAGAUCGCACAGCACGAUGCUCCUGUUAAAACCAUACAUUGGAUCAAAGCCCCGAACUACAGCUGUGUGAUGACCGGGAGCUGGGAUAAGACUUUGAAGUUUUGGGAUACUCGAUCAUCAAAUCCCAUGAUGGUUUUGCAGCUCCCUGAGAGGUGUUACUGUGCUGACAUGAUAUAUCCCAUGGCCGUGGUGGCAACUGCAGAGAGGGGGCUGAUUGUCUAUCAGCUAGAGAACCAGCCCUCGGAAUUCAGAAGGAUAGAGUCUCCGCUGAAGCACCAGCACCGCUGUGUGGCCAUCUUUAAAGACAAGCAGAACAAGCCCACGGGCUUCGCCCUGGGGAGUAUCGAGGGCAGAGUGGCCAUCCACUACAUCAACCCGCCAAACCCGGCCAAAGAUAACUUUACCUUUAAAUGUCACCGAUCUAACGGAACCAACACUUCAGCUCCUCAGGACAUCUACGCAGUCAAUGGAAUCUCGUUCCAUCCUGUUCACGGCACCCUUGCCACCGUGGGAUCUGAUGGUAGAUUCAGCUUUUGGGACAAAGAUGCUAGAACAAAACUGAAAACUUCGGAACAGUUAGAUCAACCCAUAUCAGCCUGCUGCUUCAAUCACAAUGGAAACAUAUUUGCUUAUGCUUCCAGCUAUGACUGGUCCAAGGGCCAUGAAUUUUAUAAUCCCCAAAAGAAAAAUUACAUUUUCCUGCGAAACGCAGCCGAGGAGUUAAAACCAAGGAACAAGAAGUAGUGGCGGAGAACUCUGUUGUCCAGAGUCGUUUUCUCUGCACUCUGCCUGUCUGUGUAUGAAUCUGGGUCCCAGCUUUUGGUGGGUUCUGAACCAUGGAUGUGGAUUUCAACCCGUGGGGAAAACAAUGUCAUUAUUCAGCAGUUGGGCCCCGUGGGCACGGUGACUGUUGGUCUCUCCAUUCCACUGCCUGUUACACAUGUCCUCUAAUUCUACAGGGAUUGAGGUCAUCAAAGUUAGAGUCAGGUGGGCCCCUAGUUUGCAGUGCUCAGUUCAGCAGUGUGUUCCAGAGACACUGGGAAACAUUUUAUGAAUGCUGUACUGUACUUUGUAAUAAAACAUUUUAAAGAUUGCCUACUAAGCUCCCUUUGUCCAUCUCCCCCCUGCCCGCCUGCCCACUCAGAAAGCUCUGAAGUAAUCAUUCCUGUCUGCAUCAUCAUUGGGCUUUGAUUUGUGACUCUGAUGCCCAUUGGGAAAUGCAAGGAUCUUGCAGCUUAGGAAAGGUGGGAAUCCUGGGCUGUGAAUGACUCUUUCUACUAAAUGGAAUGUCCAGCAACAGCCUCCAAGCAUGGACCGGCAGAGUUGGAAUGUGUUUUUCUUGUCCUUCCUUCAUUCCCAUCUUUAACAUCCCCAGUGCUUUUCGGCUCUGCUGGGCAGCUGUCCUGGGACUGAAACGGGGAGUGUUCCUUAUGCUGAGGCACGGGCCUUCUUGGGCAAGGUCUUCAAGUCAGAGCCUGGUUCCCUGCAUGGGAAGUGUUCUUUACUCGUGCCCCCAGUAGUGAUAGUUUUGGGGUGCUGCUUUUUUAUUUCAUGUAAUUUUAAAUUCCUGAUUGGUAAGUAUCAAAUGAAGUUCAACUUGAUGUUUGACUUUGGAGUCUGUUGUGUUUUUAUCCUGUGAUCCCAAAUGCUUCUAUGCUUACUAUUUGGGGCUGGUGUGUAAACUAACUUGUUGAGUGUGGAAAUCUGGUGUCAUGUUGUAAGGUGUGUUUGCCUACUCAAAAAGCAAUGAAAAUAAAAUUUUCAACUGGAA